AUACAGACAGUUUGAAAAAACACGUGUGAGCAGUUUGAUUGAAACCAGCGUACCAGUCUCCGCCAGAACAGUUGGUCCGGUGCGGUAUCGCUAUUUUAGAGAAAAGUUUUACAGAUUUUCUUCUCAGAAAACGAGAGAAGGAUUCGGAAAGUUUCUCUAAGCUAAGAAACUAAAAGGCUCAACAAAUAUCUUCUUGGUUAGUGAAAAGGUGAUUUCAAGUAACUAAGGAUGAAGCAAGAAAUACUAAGAGGAGAGGAUAACUACUCCUGCACCCUGUCCCAGGAGGUUCAGGAUAUAGCAAAGAAGGAGUUACAGGAGGAAGGGAAAUCGAGAAAGAAAGCUAUAAAUGACGUGAGAAGAUGGGUUAAAUCACAGUCUCAUAUCAAGAGGGUUCGGUUAGACUCCAGCUUUAUCCUCAGGUUUCUAAGAAUGCAGAAGUUUGAGACAAAUGCUGCUUGUGAUAUCCUAGAGAAAUAUUUAACCAUGCGCUGCCAGCAUCCUGCCUGGUUUCAUAACCUAGACUGCAGAGAUCCACAUCUAUCAGAGCUGGUGGAUCUAGGAUAUCUCUUCGUCCUACCAGACAGAGACGAGCACGGACGAAGAGUUAUCUUCUCGCGCGCCAGCACCUUCGACGCAUCCAGAUUCACUACCAGUGAUAUGAUGAGAGCACAUAUCAUGACCUUCGAGACCCUGCUUAACGAUGAGGAGAACCAGGUCCGGGGGUUCACCUACGUUUUGGAUGAGAAAGCCAUCUGCUGGAGUCAACUCUCUCUCUGGACACCAUCAGAGAUAUCUAAAGCGUUCAGUUGUUGUGAGCGUGCACUACCAAUGAGACACAAGGAGAUACAUCUGAUCAACCUACCCUGGACAAUGAACUUGAUCUUCCAGUUUGCCAAGGGUCUGCUCUCAGGCAAGAUUCAGAAGAGAUUGCAGUCCCACUCCGGGUUGGAUAGUUUAGCUAAGGAAGUAAACCAAAAGAUUCUGCCAUCAGAGUACGGAGGAAAUAGGAGUACACGGGAGUGCAUUGACCUCUGGAAGGCGGAGUUGGAGAAGAGUAGAUCAAGUCUCCUUGAGCUAGACUCUCUCAAGGUUACCGGGGUUGAACUGCCUGUAAAUCCUCAACUUCAGCUUGUAAGAAAGAAGUCCCGCCAUGACAGCAGCAACGGGAGUGAGCUCAUGGGAGUAGUUGGGAGCAUGCGGAACAUGGAGUUCACAUCGGAGCAGUAGAUUCAUCUCAUCUUUUGGAUCUUGAACGUUCUAACUCACACUCUACAUAAGUUAGCACGAAGUCACCCCAACUUCAACGCAGUGAUACACAGAGACAUCUGGGUACAGAAUUCAGAAACUAAAACUACAGACUGAAUAUAUAUAUAUCUGAGUUCUAAUCUUGAUGCUAGUCUUUCUAUACUUGGGAAUCGGUGUAUGUAUAGUGGGUCCACACUCCAGAGUUGUAUCUGAGAUGUUCAAUUAUUUUAACUAUUAUAUUAAUAUAUAUAUAUUUAUGUAUUUAAAUAAAACAAAUGUUCAUGA